AUGAUCGACUUAACUAAAGAAUCCAGCCAUCUCCCAGCUGAGGUUGAUCGGAAGUUGACCAAGUCCAGUCCUGUCCCAGCUGAGGUUGAUUGGAAGUUGACCAAGUCCAGCCGUGUCCCAGCUGUGGUUGAUGGGAAGUUGACCAGGCCCAGCCCUGUCCCAGCUAAAGAGUCCAGCCCUUUCCCAGCUGUGGUUGAUGGGAAGUUGACCAGGCCCAGCCCUGUCCCAGCUAAAGAGUCCAGCCCUGUCACAGCUGUGGUUGAUGGGAAGUUGACAAAGUCCAGCCAUGUCCCAGCUAAAGAAUCCAGCCUUCGCCCAGCUGAGGCUGAUGGGAAGUUGACGGAGUCCAGCCCUCUCCCAGCUAAAGAAUCCAGCCCUGUCCCAUCUGAGGCUGAUGGGAAGUUGACGGAGUCCAGCCCUCUCCCAGCUAAAGAAUCCAGCCCUGUCCAAGCUGAGGUUGAUGGGAAGUUGACAGACUCCAGCCAUGUCCCAGCUAAAGAAUCCAGCCUUCUCUCAGCUGAGGUUGAUGGGAAGUUGUCCGAGUCCAGCCCUGUCCCAACUAAAGAGUCCAGCCCUGUCCCAGCUGAGGUUGAUGGGAAGUCGUCCGAGUCCAGCCCUGUCCCAGCUAAAGAAUCCAGCCCUGUCCCAGCUGAGGUUGAUGGGAAGUUGACCGAGUCCAGCCAUGUCCCAGCUAAAGAGUCCAGCCCUGUCCCAGCUGAGGUUGAUGGGAAGUUGACCGAGUCCAGCCAUGUCCCAGCUAAAGAAUCCAGCCUUCUCUCAGCUGAGGUUGAUAGGAAGUUGUCCGAGUCCAGCCCUGUCCCAGCUGAGGUUGAUGGGAAGUUGACAGACUCCAGCCCUGUCCCAGCUAAAGAGUCCAGCCCUGUCCCAGCUGAGGUUGAUGGGAAGUUGACCGAGUCCAGCCCUGUCCCAGCUAAAGAAUCCAGCCCUGUCCCAGCUGAGGUUGAUGGGAAGUUGACCGAGUCCAGCCAUGUCCCAGCUAAAGAGUCCAGCCCUGUCCCAGCUGAGGUUGAUGGGAAGUUGACCGAGUCCAGCCAUGUCCCAGCUAAAGAAUCCAGCCUUCUCUCAGCUGAGGUUGAUGGGAAGUUGUCCGAGUCCAGCCCUGUCCCAGCUGAGGUUGAUGGGAAGUUGACAGACUCCAGCCCUGUCCCAGCUAAAGAGUCCAGUCAUGUGUCUUCUGAGGUUGAUGGGAAGUUGUCCAGCCCUGUCCCAGCUAAAGAAUCCAGCCCUGUCCCAGCUGAGGUUGAUGGGAAGUUGGCCGAGUCCAGCCAUGUCCCAGCUAAAGAGUCCAGUCAUGCGUCUUCUGAGGUUGAUGGGAAGUUGGCCGAGUCCAGCCAUGUCCCAGCUAAAGAAUCCAGCCUUCUCUCAGCUGAGGUUGAUGGGAAGUUGUCCGAGUCCAGCCUUGUCCCAGCUAAAGAGUCCAGCCCUGUCCCAGCUGAAGUUGAUGGGAAGUUGCCCGAUUCCAGCCCUGUCCCAGCUAAAGAGGCUGAUGGGAAGUUGUCCGAGUCCAGCCCUGUCCCAGCUAAAGAGUCCAGCCCUGUCCCAGCUGAGGUUGAGGGGAAGUUGAUCGAAUCCAGCUCUCUCCUAACUAAAGAGUCCAGCCCUGUCCCAGCUGAGGUUGAUGGGAAGUUGUCCGAUUCCAGCCCUGUCCCAGCUAAAGAGUCCAGUCAUGUGUCUUCUGAGGUUGAUGGGAAGUUGUCUGAGUCCAGCCCUGUCCCAGCUAAAGAAUCCAGCCCUGUCCCAGCUGAGGUUGAUGGGAAGUUGUCCGAUUCCAGCCCUGUCCCAGCUAAAGAGUCCAGUCAUGUGUCUUCUGAGGUUGAUGGGAAGUUGUCAGAGUCCAGCCCUGUCCCAGCUAAAGAAUCCAGCCCUGUCCCAGCUGAAGUUGAUGGGAAUUUGACUGAUUCCAGCCAUGUCUCAGCUAAAGAAUCCAGCCCUGUCCCAGCUGAAGUUGAUGGGAAUUUGACUGAUUCCAGCCAUGUCUCAGCUAAAGAAUCCAGCCCUGUCCCAGCUGAAGUUGAUGGGAAGUUGACCGAGUCCAGCCAUGUCUCAGCUAAAGAAUGCAUCUAUGUCCCCUCUGAAGUUGAUGGGAAGUUGACCGAGUCCAGCUCUGUCCCAGCUGAGGUUGAUGGGAAGUUGACCGAGUCCAGCCAUGUCCCAGCUGAGGUUGAUGGGAAGUUGACAGACUCCAGCCAUGUCCCAGCUAAAGAAUCCAGCCUUCUCUCAGCUGAGGUUGAUGGGAAGUUGUCCGAGUCCAGCCCUGUCCCAACUAAAGAGUCCAGCCCUGUCCCAGCUGAGGUUGAUGGGAAGUCGUCCGAGUCCAGCCCUGUCCCAGCUAAAGAAUCCAGCCCUGUCCCAGCUGAGGUUGAUGGGAAGUUGACCGAGUCCAGCCAUGUCCCAGCUAAAGAAUCCAGCCCUGUCCCAACUGAGGUUGAUGGGAAGUUGUCCGAGUCCAGCCCUGUCCCAGCUAAAGAAUCCAGCCCUGUCCCAGCUGAGGUUGAUGGGAAGUUGUCCGAGUCCAGCCCUGUCCCAGCUGAGGUUGAUGGGAAGUUGACAGACUCCAGCCCUGUCCCAGCUAAAGAGUCCAGCCCUGUCCCAGCUGAGGUUGAUGGGAAGUUGACCGAGUCCAGCCAUGUCCCAGCUAAAGAAUCCAGCCCUGUCCCAGCUGAGGUUGAUGGGAAGUUGACCGAGUCCAGCCAUGUCCCAGCUAAAGAGUCCAGCCCUGUCCCAGCUGAGGUUGAUGGGAAGUUGACCGAGUCCAGCCAUGUCCCAGCUAAAGAAUCCAGCCUUCUCUCAGCUGAGGUUGAUGGGAAGUUGUCCGAGUCCAGCCCUGUCCCAGCUGAGGUUGAUGGGAAGUUGACAGACUCCAGCCCUGUCCCAGCUAAAGAGUCCAGUCAUGUGUCUUCUGAGGUUGAUGGGAAGUUGUCCAGCCCUGUCCCAGCUAAAGAAUCCAGCCCUGUCCCAGCUGAGGUUGAUGGGAAGUUGGCCGAGUCCAGCCAUGUCCCAGCUAAAGAGUCCAGUCAUGCGUCUUCUGAGGUUGAUGGGAAGUUGGCCGAGUCCAGCCAUGUCCCAGCUAAAGAAUCCAGCCUUCUCUCAGCUGAGGUUGAUGGGAAGUUGUCCGAGUCCAGCCUUGUCCCAGCUAAAGAGGCUGAUGGGAAGUUGUCCGAGUCCAGCCUUGUCCCAGCUAAAGAGUCCAGCCCUGUCCCAGCUGAAGUUGAUGGGAAGUUGCCCGAUUCCAGCCCUGUCCCAGCUAAAGAGUCCAGUCAUGUGUCUUCUGAGGUUGAUGGGAAGUUGACAGACUCCAGCCAUGCCCCAGCUAAAGAAUCCAGCCCUGUCCCAGCUGAGGUUGAUGGGAAGUUGUCUGAGUCCAGCCCUGUCCCAGCUAAAGAAUCCAGCCCUGUCCCAGCUGAGGCUGAUGGGAAGUUGUCCGAGUCCAGCCCUGUCCCAGCUGAGGUUGAUGGGAAGUUGUCUGAGUCCAGCCCUGUCCCAGCUAAAGAAUCCAGCCCUGUCCCAGCUGAGGCUGAUGGGAAGUUGUCCGAGUCCAGCCCUGUCCCAGCUGAGGUUGAUGGGAAGUUGUCCGAUUCCAGCCCUGUCCCAGCUAAAGAGUCCAGUCAUGUGUCUUCUGAGGUUGAUGGGAAGUUGUCUGAGUCCAGCCCUGUCCCAGCUAAAGAAUCCAGCCCUGUCCCAGCUGAGGUUGAUGGGAAGUUGUCCGAUUCCAGCCCUGUCCCAGCUAAAGAGUCCAGUCAUGUGUCUUCUGAGGUUGAUGGGAAGUUGUCAGAGUCCAGCCCUGUCCCAGCUAAAGAAUCCAGCCCUGUCCCAGCUGAAGUUGAUGGGAAUUUGACUGAUUCCAGCCAUGUCUCAGCUAAAGAAUCCAGCCCUGUCCCAGCUGAAGUUGAUGGGAAUUUGACUGAUUCCAGCCAUGUCUCAGCUAAAGAAUCCAGCCCUGUCCCAGCUGAAGUUGAUGGGAAGUUGACCGAGUCCAGCCAUGUCUCAGCUAAAGAAUGCAUCUAUGUCCCCUCUGAAGUUGAUGGGAAGUUGACCGAGUCCAGCUCUGUCCCAGCUGAGGUUGAUGGGAAGUUGACCGAGUCCAGCCAUGUCCCAGCUAAAGACUCCAGAUUUGUCCCUGCUGAGGUUUGUGGCAAGUUUUUGGAGUCCAUUCCUGUCCCAGCAGAGGUGGAUGGGAAGUUGACCAAGUCCAUCCCUGUCUCAGCUAAAGAGUGCAGCCAUGUCCCCGCUGAGGUUGAUGGGGAGAUGACUGUGUGCAUAUGCUCUAAAGUCUCAAACAGAUCUAGUCAAUAUCUAAAUAUGCCACUUUCUGAUCUUGUUUUUAGUCAAUAAAACGUUAUUUCUCA